CUUCAUUUAGCAGCCCUGGCUUCAUUAAAAGGAGACAUAGUGGAACUUAAUAAGCGUCUGCAACAAACAGAAAGGGAGCGUGACCUGUUGGAAAAGAAAUUGGCAAAAGCACAGUGUGAACAGUCCCACCUAAUGAGAGAGCACGAAGACGUGCAGGAGCGAACAACUCUACGCUACGAAGAACGCAUCACAGAGCUGCACAGUAUCAUUGCUGAAUUAAAUAAGAAAAUUGAUCGACUGCAGGGAACAACAAUCAGGGAGGAAGAUGAGUAUUCAGAGCUGCGGUCAGAGCUCAGCCAAAGCCAGCAUGAGGUUAACGAUGACUCGCGCAGCAUGGACCAAAAUUCUGUUUCAGUACCAGAGAAUCAAUCCACCAUGGUCACUGCAGACGUGGAUAACUGUAGUGACCUGAAUUCAGAGCUGCAAAGAGUGCUGACAGGUCUGGAAAACGUUGUCUGCGGAAGGAAGAAAAGCAGCUGCAGUUUGUCGGUAGCGGAAGUGGACAGACACAUUGAGCAGCUCACUACCGCCAGUGAGCACUGUGAUUUAGCCAUUAAGACCGUAGAAGAAAUUGAGGGUGUCCUGGGACGCGACCUUUACCCAAAUCUAUCUGAGGAGAGAUCUCGUUGGGAAAAGGAGCUAGCUGGGCUGCGGGAAGAGAAUGAGAGCCUCACAGCCAUGCUGUGUAGCAAGGAGGAGGAGCUGAACAGGACCAAGGCCACCAUGAAUGCUAUCCGUGAAGAAAGGGACAGGCUGCGCAGAAGGGUUCGGGAACUGCAGACACGGUUGCAAAGCAUGCAAGCGACAGGCCCCUCCAGUCCAAGUCGUCUGACUUCUGCCAAUCGACCCAUCAACCCCAGCACGGGAGAGCUGAGCACAAGCAGCAGCAGCAACGACAUUCCUAUAGCCAAGAUUGCUGAAAGAGUGAAGUUGUCAAAGACAAGAUCAGAAUCUUUGUCAUCUGAUAGACCUGUCUUAGGAUCAGAAAUCAGCAGCAUAGGGGUGUCUAGUACUGUGGCUGAGCAUUUGGCACAUUCCCUCCAAGACUGCUCAAACAUCCAGGAAAUCUUCCAGACUCUGUAUUCACAUGGAUCUGCCAUCUCUGAAAGUAAAAUCCGAGAGUUUGAAGUGGAGACAGAGAGAUUAAACAGCCGUAUUGAGCACUUGAAAUCCCAGAAUGACUUGUUGACAAUAACACUGGAAGAGUGCAAGAGCAAUGCCGAGAGGAUGAGCAUGCUUGUUGGGAAGUAUGAGUCCAAUGCCACAGCCCUCAGGCUUGCUUUGCAGUACAGUGAACAGUGUAUAGAAGCAUAUGAGCUGCUGUUGGCAUUGGCAGAAAGUGAGCAGAGCCUCAUUCUGGGGCAGUUCAGAGCUGCAGGUGUUGGUUCUGUUGGGGACCAGACAGGUGAUGAAAACAUCACUCAGAUGCUUAAGAGAGCUCAUGACUGCAGGAAGACAGCUGAGAAUGCAGCAAAAGCCUUGCUGAUGAAACUAGAUGGGAGCUGCGGGGGAGCCUAUGCAGUCACUGGCUGUAGCGUGCAGCCCUGGGAAAGCCUGUCAUCCAACAGCCACACAAGUACUACCAGCUCAACUGCAAGCAGUUGUGAUACAGAAUUUACAAAAGAGGAUGAGCAGCGGCUGAAGGAUUACAUCCAGCAGUUGAAAAAUGACAGGGCAGCAGUGAAGCUGACAAUGCUGGAGCUGGAAAGCAUCCACAUUGAUCCCCUUAGUUAUGACGUUAAACCUCGUGGAGACAGCCAGAGGCUAGACCUAGAAAAUGCGGUCUUGAUGCAGGAACUUAUGGCAAUGAAGGAGGAGAUGGCAGAGCUCAAGGCACAGCUUUACCUGCUAGAGAAGGAGAAGAAGGCAUUAGAAUUGAAACUGAGUACACGAGAGGCCCAGGAGCAGGCUUACCUCGUCCAUAUCGAGCAUUUGAAGUCUGAAGUGGAAGAGCAAAAAGAGCAAAGAAUGAGGUCUCUCAGCUCAACCAGCAGUGGAAGCAAAGACAAGCUGGGCAAGGAAUGCAGUGAUGGCACUGCAACACCAUUAACACUAGCUGAGCUGAGACCCUACAACGAGACUGAACUGACUGCUGAGCUGGCGAACGCACUCAGGCGUGAGAAGAAACUGAAAGCCAGAGUGCAAGAGCUAGUGAGUGCUUUGGAGAGACUCACAAAGAGCAGUGAAAUCAGACAUCAGCAGUCUGCAGAAUUUGUUAAUGACCUUAAAAGGGCAAACAGCAACUUAGUAGCAGCUUAUGAAAAAGCAAAGAAAAAGCAUCAAAAUAAGCUGAAGAAACUGGAAUCACAAAUGAUGGCCAUGGUGGAAAGACAUGAAACACAAGUAAGGAUGCUCAAACAAAGAAUAGCUUUACUAGAAGAGGAGAACUCUAGGCCACACACCAAUGAAACUUCACUUUAA